AUGGUUGUCAAGACUUCUGGGGAACAUGAAUCAUCCAGAAGGGUGAAGUCUGAACUUCUAGUUCAGGUUGAUGGUGUAAACAAUAGUUCCACAAAUGAAGAUGGUACCCGUAAAAUAGUAAUGGUUUUGGCAGCCACAAACUUCCCUUGGGACAUAGAUGAGGCGCUGAGGCGAAGACUGGAAAAGCGUAUAUACAUUCCUCUUCUGAAUUUUGAGAGUCGUAAAGAGUUGAUCCGUAUCAAUUUGAAGACUGUGGAGGUGGCCCCUGAUGUCAAUAUAGAUGACGUGACUCGCCGUACAGAAGGCUAUAGUGGAGAUGAUUUGACAAAUUGCUUUGCUUAUUUUGACUAUGACCAUGGGAAAAAAGAGAAGCUUCCACACAUGCAGUAG